AUGAAGGAAAGAUGGACCAAAGCUAAUACAAUUCUAGUCAAAGAAGGGAACAGUCUUACAGAAGAAAAGGACAUCAGCAAUAGGUGGACAAAUUACUGCUUUGAUCUAUACAACUACCAGACAAAUGGAGAUCCUAGAGUCGUAGACAGCCCAGAUUCAAAAGAGGAGGAUGACUUUCCAACACUGCGUGAAGAAGUGGAGUCAGCUGUGAAGUCACUCAAGAAUAGAAAGGCUACAGGUAUUGAUAACAUCCCAGCCGAACUGAUGAAAUUCGGAGGAGAAAUAGUAAUAGAUGUACUCACCAAGAUCUGCAACAAUAUCUGGCAGACCGACGCGGGCAGCGCCUGGCCCCGCUGUAGGGAGCCCACGGGAGACGCCCGCGCCCAGCAGGGGGAGUCCCUGGACCCGCCUGGCACGGGGGGCCGGGGCCGCUCCGCUCCGGAGGAGCCGCCGCGCCUGGGGAGUGCCCUGGACAGCGCCCCCGUGCGCCGCGGGCGGCCGGGCGCCUCCCGGGCCCGCUCCGCGCACCAUGUCCGGCCCGCCGCUGGGGGCGCCGCACAGCCCCGAGGAAGGCCCCGGCAGCGCCGCGCAGUGAUUCAAAAUGAAAAGGUGUGCUCAUCAGAAAAGGCCACUGAACUCAAACACAAAAGAGAACCCCAUGGGAAACACUACCUGGAAUUAAGAAAGAAAUUCGGUCUCUUUAAAGAGGAGAGAGUAUACCUUAAUAGAAUUCCCUUUGGAACUCCUCCUGCAGGAUCAGAAGCAAGUGUGUGCUCCAGGAAUAACUUUAAAAAGAAUAAUGAUUCUUGGAGUGCAUUACCACAAGAAACGGCAAUAAUAGCUAAGCAGCAGGACCAUGGUGAAGAGGAAAAGAUAAUUGUGGACCUGGAACAGGAUUUGACUAAAAAAAGAAAAGCAAAACUCUCACCAAUGCCAGAAAAUGGAAAGAGAACGAAAAUGGUGGUGAAAUCAGCCAUAAAUCCAAGCGUGGAAAACAACAGCACCAGUUCUGUAAUACUUAACAAGCGUAUUUCAUCCACACCAGUCUUAUCACAGCAGAAAAAUUCCACAGGCUCUAUCAGAUCGUCUCUAGGGAGGAACUCGGAGCAAGACCCAUGUGUUCAAGAUAACCAAGUUCAAGACACAUGCUGUUCAGAUUUAGUUUCUUCCGAAGAUGAUGUUUCGACUAGUGAAAGUUCCUUUCGAGAUGAUGCUUUCCUUUUGACUCCACCGGACUUGGAUGAAACGAUCAGGGAUGAAAAAAUAAAACGACUGAAACGGCUAUUAACAGAACGAGCAGCAGCACUGGAAGAGAUGCGUAAAAAGAUGCAGCAGACCUGAAAAAUCUAACAAGUAAUCUGGACCAUAUUCAUUUCGAUUCCCUUGACAUCGUGACUCAAACAAGAGAUUAAUUUGGUUCAGUGCCUCUGAACGUUUAAAAUGAACAUAUAAUCUAAUUACCUGGUAUUCACAGGACAUUAAUGGGAGCUAAAAUGCAUGUAUAUAGAGGAGAGUAGACCCCAGGAGUAAGGAACAAAAGAACUGGAUUGUCCAGAAAUCUGCUUUUGGAGAGCCCAUGUGUGUCAAAGAAUUUAGUGUGCAGAAGAUAUGCUAUUUGAGUUGUCAGUGUGGUGUAUUCUCUAGCUUUAGAGCGAGAGCUUUCUUUACUAGUGCUAGAAAAUUCUUGUGCUUUGGAAUUUCAAGGCCUGUUUUUUGGAAAUGAAAUGUGAAUUGCAAACCUCAACUGUAGAUUUUUUUUAUUAUCAUCAUUAUUAUUAUUAUUAGUGCAUGCUCACUUGUGAAUUACAGGAAAUAAACUAUAACAUUGUUUCAA